GUUACGCUCGUUUAAAUACGACUGCUGUUCUAGGAUGUUGGUUUAUUGAGCAGCUAGGCAACAGUGUAACAGCAUAGAUGUCCGAUUAUAAAUUGUUUUACAUGAGCGGCGGUCAUCGACAGAUGCAUCAGACUGAUGGCAGGUAACGUCAUCGGUCUGUCAGGUUGGAGAACAUGUAGAUCAGAGCUCUUGUAUAUCAUCAGAUCGUGAUUUGGCGCUUGUGUGGUUGAGUAACCAGUCCUGCUGCAUUGAAACGCUCGGUGCUAAACGGAUUUAUGGUUCGUGCUUUCAGAUACUUACAAUAACAAUGAUCUGUCUGUGAAAGAUGUGCAUUAUGUCUUCAUCGGUGGAGGUACUGAGCAUCAGAUCAGGUACUUUUUGAUAUUUCUGCAGAUGUCUCUUCAUAUAUUUUCAAAACAUGAUUGGCUCACCAGAUGUGGUGGCAUUUACCAAAGAAGAUGACUUUGGGGGUUUAUUCUCUGAUCCAUGGUCGCUUCCAGAGGAGUUUUCGGUGCCUUUGUUUACCCAUGCUGCCAAUGCAAAUCCCUGGACGAAGACAUCCUAUGCAAAAUUCUCUAAAGAUUUCGUUCUCAUCUCUGAGUUUUCUGAGCAGGUGGGUCCACAGCCAUUAAUCACCAUUCCCAAUGACCCCAAAGUGUGUGGGGCAUUUGACCUCAACUACUUCUCCCUCCGUAUCAUGUCUGUGGACUACCAGGCUUCUUUUGUUGGACACCCUCCUGGUAGUAACUACCCAAAACUAAAUUUUGUGGAGGACUCAAAAGUCGUCCUUGGAGAUUCCAAGGAAGGGGCGUUUGCCUACGUCCAUCAUCUGACCCUGUAUGAUUUGGAGGCCCGUGGGUUUGUACGCCCCUUUUGCAUGGCCUACAUUUCAACAGAUGAGCGAAAGAUCAUGCAGCAGUUUCAAGAACUGUCAUUGGAGUUCUCCAAGGCUUCAGAAUGUCUCAAAUCAGGAAACCGGAAAGCUUUUGCGAACGAACUGGAAAAGAAACUGAAAGAUUUGGAGUACACCAGAUCAGUGCUGCAUAAAGAGGAAGAGCUGCAGAAAAUGAACAACGGAUGUUAUUCAACACAAACUAUCGAGAAGGCGAAUGAAUUGGCAAAUGUUGAGAAGUCAAUCUAUGAACAUAAAGACCUGCUGAGGCAAAUCACAUCUUAUCCUUCAAGGAAAAGGAAAGACAUAGAUUUUGUGCAAUAUGAUGCAAAUAUACCAGCUGACACCAGUGUAUUGGAUGAUGAUACACUAACUAGUAAUCAUUCCAAAAAAGCAGAUAAGACUGUGGCGAUAGAAAGUGAUGGGCCUAGUAGGAAGUCUUCAUAUAUGCCUCAGCUAAUUAAUGCUAAAUCUGCCAAGUGCUUUGCUAAACGUUUGAAAACGCUUGAAGAGCUCUGCAAUACACACUUUUUUAACCAAACUCUAGAGCAACUAAACUCAAUUGAGAAGUCAUUCCGAGGAGAUCUCUGCUUCAUUUACACCAGCCAGAUUAACAGAGCUCUUCUGAACAAACAGAGAGUGUCUAGUUUUAUUUUUGAAGCAGAACGAGACCGGGAUGAAGAAGGACUCUCAAAAAGUUUCAAUACGAGUACAAACAACCCUCUAGUCCCUGUUCUGAACUUUUCUGGCGAGCCACUCAGUCUUGAUUCCUACACCACCUGCGUUGACGUAGAUUUUCUGAAGCCAGGUGUGGAAUUAAUGGAAGGGUUUUCUGAGUCCAGUACAUCUGACAUCACACAGGAAACCUCUGAGGUGGUCGAUAUGGAGACCAAAGGGAGUUUUAGUAGUGACCAGAGCAUUGAGGGGCUUUUAGGUGUUAGUCCUUCCAUUCUGCAGCCCAAUUACUUUGAAGGCCUUAAAAGAAAUAGUAAGGCAUCUUCAUCUGAGGACCAAAACAUGACCAACUCCAUAGCAAUUCCACAUGGGACAUCAGGGGGGAAUUCUUUAGAGGUUUUUGAAACUGGAAAUCUCAUCGCAAUGGACACGGCAUGCUGUAUCGGACAGGAGCGUUUUACUUAUAAGGAACUGUUACCAGAACUUGCACAGGAAUGUUGUGGGGACACAGUGGUGAACCAAGAACCCUUGUCCCUUCUUCAAGGAGAUCCUGCUUUACACGUGGACUACAUCUUAGAAGAUUCAGCCCCCAGUGUGCAACUGCAUUCUUCUGAGCUAAACACUAGUGCUCUCUCUGAAGAGGUGGUGAGAAUUAACAUUGGAGACGCCUCCGAUUCUACUAGUUACAUGAGUGCCUCUACCAGUUCUGAUAGAGCAGCGUCUCCGUUCACCUACAGCAGUGCGUUAACUGUGAAGCAGAAGAAGAAGGCUGGUCAUAGUGCUCUAAGAUUCAUCAGGCAAUAUCCAUUCUCUCAGCAAGCCAUUUUUUGCCUACUGAGUGGCCGAACACUAGUCAUUUUUGGGGUGGAUGAAUGCACAGUGAGGAAGUUGGUCAGUGCUUUGUUAAUUUUUGUGCCCAACCUAGGCAAAUAUGGCGAAACCGUCCAGCCGUGGCUGUCAAUGCCAUUUCAGCUUACCGACCUGCACAGAUGGAAACUCAUUGGAUUGCAGAGAGCUGCCUCUCCUGUGGGAUACAGCAUACUUCACUCUUUGAAUCGAUUCAGUCGUUACAUAAGCAUUUUGGACAGUGACAAUAAGACCCUUCGAUGUCCGCCAUACAAAGGAACGCUAAUAAGCCAUAUGGCAGACCACAGGACUCAAAUUAAGCGUGGCAGCACCUACUUCCUCCAUGUUCAGAGUAUGUUGACUCAGCUCACAGCAAAGGCCUUCCUUUUCACAUUCUGUCACCACAUUCACCUUCCCAUGGACAUCAACGACCAGGGCUCAGUCAUGUCACGCAGGACUAAUUUCUUGUUGCAGCUUGGAUACACUGUGGAAGAGAGCAAAAUCGUCCAGUACCUGAGUGAGCUAAUCAAGCAACAUUAUGUUCAGGGGCCCUCAAAUGGGGUUAACCAUUCAUUCUUCUCUUUUAACUACACCACCAGCUAUUUGUACAAAAUCUGAAUGUGAACAUUUUAUUACUGUUUAAUGUUAAAGAAAUAGUUCACUCAAAAUUAAAAAGAAAUUCUUAACAAGGUUUACUUGCCAUACGAUGUUAUUAGUGACUCUGGUCUGUCAAGCUCAAAAAAGGACAGAAAAACACUAUAAAACCACAGUAAAAGUAAUUUAUACAACUCAUGCAGUAUACUCCAAGUGUUUUGAAGGAAUAUGAUAAUUUUGUGAUGAAUAAAUUAAAUUCAAGUUGUUAUUCACUGUCAAAUCAAUUCAUAUUAAUAAAGCGCUUAAAUCAAAUAUGGCGACUACACCGACAACAUCAAACUUCAUUGGUUCUCAUCAUGUUUUGUGACCAAACAUGCAAAAUUAUGUCAUUGCCUUUGGUCACAAGACACAAUUAGAAAAAAAUGAGGUGAAUUUAGUUUUUUUUUUUGGGUCGUCUUGCAAGUCAUUAUUCACUUACAGUAAGGCGAGUAAACCCUAAGAAGACCUUUUUAAAAAUGUAUCCUUUGUGUUUCAUGGAAGGACAAAAUGUCAUGUGGGUGUGGAGCUACAUUAGGUUGAGUGAAUUAUGACAGUUUUCAUUUUUGGGUGAACUGUUCCUUUCAGUCUCUAAUUCCCAUUAACCCCAGCUAAAAUCAAGAGAUCAAUGUAUUGAAUGUAAUUUUUGCUUAUUUUUUUUGUGAAAAUUCCCAUGACAUUCCGAGAAGUGGAGGGCUGAACGUCCGGUGUUACUAAUGGGGUCUUGAAUAUUUGUUUAGUGGAGUGGUUACA